UUAUACUUCUUCUACUGCUACUUUAUUCUAAUUAAUUAUUUGUUACUUGUGCUGUUAAUUGCAAUUCUCAAUCCGUAAAUAAUUUCUUCUUUCUACCGUGUUCGUACUACUGUCCUCGUAAAAUCAUCGUAACCGAUUGUUGUAAUCGGAUUACAUGAACAUCACUCGACCAUGUAUGUCCAUUUGGACAUAUCGGAAUGGCACGCUUUGACGAUCAACUUGCUGUAUCUACUCUAAUCCAUAUCUGUGAUCAUCAGUGAUUUUUUUUAAGUUGCUAAAAAGAGUCGUGUAUCGUGGUUGUGUCUUCGAUUAGGUUUUGAAUUAUGCAACGAUGUUCGAAUGUUUGUAUUAAGAUUAUGUUAAUUAAUACAUUUUUUUUAAUAAAUUGAACGUAAAUGUUCAUAAACUUCCUCCUAUUUGAUUGUCGAUAACGCACCUGUUUCUUCACUUUUGCAAGUGUAUUUUUACUUCUGCAUUAUUUCCAAUAUCUCUCCAAAUAUGAGCCUGUGCAACACUUUAGUUGGUGGAAUCAAAUAUCUAAACCGUAAUCUAACGAAGAAAAUCGAUACGUGCCAUGUUUUACUUGCUAAGAAGUAUUCGACACGCGAAUUGCUGAAAGAAGCAUACUGUCGCACUAAAUUAAAAUGUCGUUCCAAAAAGCUACCGCAAGAUGUGAACCCUCGAGGUGUGUUUGCCUGCAAUGAGUUGGACUUGUCUGAAGUUAAAGUUUAUGGGUUCGACUAUGAUUACACUCUGGCCCACUACAAACCCUCUCUGGAGCACCUGUUAUAUAAUCUUGGCAGAGAAGUCUUGUUGGAAAAAUACAAUUAUCCACCGGAAAUUUUAAAUUUGGAGUACAAGCCGAACUUUGCUGUAAGAGGUCUUCACUAUGACAUUGAAAAAGGGUUGCUGCUAAAACUGGACUCGUUCCUACAAAUCCAGUUUGGUGCCGUCUAUAGAGGCCUCACACCUGUCUCUACAGAGGAAGUGCUAAAAAUCUACAAGAACCGAAUAAUUCCUAUUGCCUACGUGGAAGGUGACACUAGAGCCCAUAAGGCAAAUCGCGCAAAGAUGGUGCAUUUGGCGGAUCUGUUCUCUGUACCUGAGAUGGGCCUGCUGUGUAAUGUAGCAGAGUAUUUCAUAAAGAAUCAUAUCGAUUAUCAUCCAGAGAUCUUGUUUUUGGAUGUUAAGAAUUCUGUACAAAGCUGCCACCCGGUAAUGCACAAGAUUGUUGCUCAGAAUGUCGAAGAGUACAUCAGGCCCAAUCCAGACCUAAGAAAAUAUUUCCAAAUGUUGCAAGAAUCUGAAAAGAACUUGUUUCUGGUGACCAACAGCCCUUAUCAUUUUGUCAAUGCGGGCAUGGAGAUGCUAGUUGGUCACGACUGGCGGGACUUCUUCGACGUAGUCAUCGUGAACGCGAACAAGCCCAAGUUCUUCACUGAAGUGUCUCGCCCAAUCAGGGUGUUUGAUAAGAACGCCAAUACGCACAUCUGGGAGAAGGUUACGUCUUUGGAGAAAGGGAUCAUUUAUUAUGAGGGCACAGUGAAGCAGUUGCAAGACCUGACGGGUUGGAGCGGGCACCAGGUGUUGUACUUCGGAGACCACCCCUACAGUGACCUGGCUGACGUCACGCUCGAGCACGGCUGGCGGACCGGCGCCAUCAUCAACGAGAUUACACACGAGAUCAAGACCCUCAACACGCAGUCUUUCAAGGAGAACGCGAACUGGCUUCAGAUGCUGACCCAGCUUAUCGAGGACCACCAAGACUAUAAGGAACCGGAGGCCGUCGAGGUCAUCGGCCAGUGGAUGGCUGAGCGGGACUAUCUUAGGAGUUCUUAUCUCGCUUCCAGGAACGAAAUAAAGGCGGUGUUUAACCCCCAGUUCGGUAGCGUGUUCCGGACCUACCACAACCCCACAUACUUCUCUAGGAGGUUGUUCAGAUUCGCCGACAUUUACACCUCAAAUAUCACGAAUCUUCUCAACUACUCCCUCACUUACACUUUCUACCCACGGCGGGGAGUGAUGCCACACGAAUACGGCUCCUACUUCGUCUAGUUUUAAGCUGAAAGUACCGUGGCAAUUAUAUUUUUAUUAUAAUGUAAGAAAGAUAAACUUUCACUGAUUUUGUUGCUAUUAAGUUAGAUUGAAUAGUGUUAUAUUAAGAGCAGUAUUAAGCAAUCAGAUAUAUAACUCGUUUAGAAUCCUUUUAGGUCUGUUAUACAUAUUUAUACAUCCCUUUUAUGAUAAGUUUACUCACAAAAAUGGUAUUAUGAAUAUUUUGAAUAUUCUGUAACAUGUUCCUUUGAUAUGAUCUAGGAUGUAUAACUGCGUAUUUUCUUUAUUUAUACAUAUCAUAUUUGGAUAGUAUUUAGUUUAUUAUAUUUAAUGGAAAAGCGAAAAAGUAUAGAUAAGUAUUCAGCCAACUGUUUUCUAGUCAAAAGUAUUUAAUACUGUCUCAUAAAUCGAUUUAAUUAAAGCUUUUAAAUACAUAUAUCAUUGUUAAUUUUUUAAAGUCAGUAUAUUAUGUCUUUAAGUUAUGAAAUACUAUGUAGAGUUGCAAUAUAAUAUUAUGUAUUUAUAUCAUACGAUAUUAAGGUGCUCAUUCAUCGAGAGUAUACUCGUGUAAUGUAACCAAUGCCAAAUUCUAUUUUGAGCGUGCAACACUGUUACAUCGGACGGUCAUCCUCCCGAUUGAUGAGAGCCUUCAGUCAGAUUCUUGCAAGAAAACUGUUUACUUAGCAUCUGACGAAAACUGCUUACGUUCCGUGGAUCUGAUGAAUGAAAUAUCUUAUAAUAUCUUCAUAUAAUUCAAACUUCCAUGUCUAAGUAAACAUCUAGAUUGGUUUGCAAUAAAAUAAUUAUGAUUUAAGACAAAUACUUAAUCUACAUACUCAAUUAGUGAAGUUCGGAAACCAUAAUUUUCAUUUCAAAUAACAAUCAGUUAUUAUAUUGUUAAUAUCUGUAAAUAGUACCAAAGUAUAUUAAUUAUUAACGUACCACCUUGCUAUUUUAAAAAAAUUAUAAGGUGCAUAUUGUUGAUAAAAUCAUUAUUUUUAUUAUCAGCAGUUUAUUUGUGCAAUAUUUUCGAUUAAAAAAAGUAUACUAUAUAUUAGUACUAUUUAUUAUUUAUUUAUUAUUUGUAUACCUUUACUAUUUAUUUAUUAUUUACGAAGACGUAGUCAAUUUAAAAUGCAUGAUUUUUUAUAUAAUUAACCUUUUCUAUUAUCUUAAAAGUAUUUAAGUAUCUUUAAUAAUGUUAUUUUUAAGUUUAAUCAACAUCAUUGUAAGAUGAGAUGGUCAAUUUCAUUACCAAUUGCUAGAUAAUACAGACCAGUGGUGGUUAGUUAAUUAGAAAUAAUCUGUUAUUUUUUUAAAUUUAAAUCGAGAUGAAUGCAGCAAGUGAAACAACUGAAUAAUAUAUUUAAUUUUGACGUCAAUAUGUUUGCUAUAUUAAUAUCCUAAAUAGGCUUUUUUAUUUGUGUCUCCUCUUCGUUUGUAAUUGGAUGUUAUUGCAAUACUUUCCCAAGUUUUAUUAUAAUUUCUUUGUUGUAGAUUUAAUAAUUAUACGUUGCAUCCAUACAAACGUAAUGAAACUCAUUGGAAUUUGCUUUAAAAAGUGAUCUUGCCGCUAAUGUUCAUUUACUUCAAAUAUGUGUUUCUAAUUGAAUUUCCACUACUGAUACACGUUUUUAAGGUUGAUUUUGUGAUUAAAAUGUAUGUUACUCCAAUAACUUGAUCUAUUUGUGACAAGGCUAUAUAAUACGCUUCAUAAUUUUUGAUUGAUUGAUAUAGGUACAUAUGAGUGGCAUAUAACAUCAAUCUUGUUUGCUAAUUAAUACGAUAAGUAAUUACGAAGACAGAUAUAUUUUUAUAAAGUAAAAGCUAGAAGCAAUCACUUGAUUACGAUCUUAGUUUUAUAAAAUUACUAGUUGACCCGGCGAACUUUGUUCCGCCUUAAUGGCAAUAAAUAAGCAGACUUUUUUUUUAAAUUUCGAACGGGAUAAAAAGUAUCCUAUGUCCUUCUCCUGGAUCUAAACUACCUCCCUAACAAUUUUCAGUUAAAUCGGUUCAGCCGUUCUUGAGUUAUAAGUGGAGUAACUAACACGACUUUCUUUUAUAUAUAUAGAUUAAUAUGAAAUCAUCUUGUGCUUUGUUGAUGUUGAUAUUCUGAAGCAUUUCAUUUUUGAUAAGAUUUAUUGUUUGCUCAGUUGUUUUUUAUCACCGUUAAUAAGUCUUUAGCAGUAGUUUAGAGAAUUGGAGACUUAGCCCUGCAUUAUGAAACGAAUUAACCUAGAAUUCACACGCUUGCCUUGGUUGAAUUUCAAUAUUUAUUAACACCAAUUUUAUGCUUGAAUCUUCCCUCGAGUCAAGAUGAAUGUCGUUUCAUAACACAGGCUUAAAAGUAGUCAUUUUUGAAAGUCAGUCUUUGUAAAGCGAAAGAUCCUUUAGCCAUAUUUUGAAGUAGUCAUAGAUUUUAGAAAAAUAUUCGACAUUAUUUUGUCUUCUAUGUAUAUUAGAGUAGGUACAUAGGAGUAUUUAAUUGGAUGUAAUAAUUAUACAUAACGGGUAAAUUUUAAAUCGUGUGGUUCCACAACAACUUUUGAUAACGAUUGUUGUAUACAUUUUUUUAUGACAUUACAGCAUUAGUUUACAAAUUUAACGAAGUAUUUUAAUAUUUUACAAUAGUUGUAUGGUAAUAAAGUAUUCGUACUGCAUUAAUGCAUUUUCAAGCAACACGAUUUAAUUUUUACCCUAUAAAUACGAUUAGUGAAAUUAAAUGACAUUGCAAUGUACUGCCUAUCCAAAAAGACAAUAACUCGACCCAAAUCAAGUAUCAUCGUCGUACCUACAGUUUAUAAAGUUUUCAUUUUAAUAUACAUUAAGAUAUCGUGUAUUUGUUCGUUUACUGUUUUCUAUGAAAAUAUUCUCAUUAAAGAAUGAUAUUUUAA